GCGGACACUGCGCAAGGACUUGGAAGCAUUUCUGGCUCUCUUGUUUUUAGAAGGCGCGUCAGAUAGCAGCUGAGGGGGGGCUUAGUAUUUCAGACGUCUGGCGGUAGGCUGCAAAGUUUCCACCUUAAAACAGUUGCAGGCUGGAUCAGACGACACCUCAGUAGGAGUUCGCGCAGAGGGACCACUACAUUGCACGCCUGUCAACUGAGUCAGGGGCACCUUUAUCAGGUUAAUCCGUUUUUUUCCCCCCCGAAUCAAGUAGUGUCAAAUUUCACGCAAACAAGAAUCUUAUUGUUUCGUAUCGGGUGGAGCGUAUGUGGAUAGUUUCGGUUCUAAUCCAUAAACGACGAAUAAGAAAUUCACCUACAUUACAUGCAUUGAAAAUUUAAUAUACUGUAUACUCUUUAAUGUAAGUAGUGCGUCUGAGCGGCGUUGUAGGAUCAAUUCAGCUUCUAGAUGAGGUAUGGUUAUGUCCACCCACUUGGAAGGAAGCCGGCACCUGGAAACAACAAAAAAACUUGAUACCUUAAAACAUGGAGAGUUUUUUGUCUUGACAAGUCCUGAUGAAUGCUUGGGUGUGAACGACGGCCCAGCGCGGACCUGCGGGGACGGCGGAGAAACUAAAUCAUUGCUGCAGGAGAAGCCGCUUAAAAUGAGCCGAAGUCCCAAAUGUGCCCGCUGCCGGAAUCAUGGCGUGGUUUCGUGCUUGAAAGGUCACAAACGUUUGUGCCGCUGGAGGGACUGCGGCUGUGCCUGCUGUCUGCUGGUGGUGCAGCGGCAGCGCGUCAUGGCCGCGCAGGUCGCACUAAGGAGGCAACAGGCUGCUGAGGGUAGGCGAGGUGUCAAGUAUCGAGCAAAUCAUUCACAGAGAACUUUUUUGCAGCGCUCUACUGCGGUGGCGGAGCCAAGUAUGUGGCAGACCAAGCGCCUCCAGCCGGGGUUGACACCACCGGAGGGCAACGAUUCCUGUUGUUUAAAGCCGACACAGCGUGACCAUACACAUGCUACAAACCCCACCAUCAGUGCCCGCAUGAGGAAGAGACGAACAUUUGCUGACACGGAGCUGGAGAAUGUGAUGCUGGAGCGGGAGCUCAGACAGAGAGGGUUCCAGAACGACCUUUACUUUUCCUACUCGACCUUCCUCCCCGCAAUUCAUCCAGUGCCUCUGCCCAUCACACCGAGCUUACAGUCAUUCAGCAAAGUCCCUUCAUCUGCGGAGACAGCCACCUUUGGGUCUGUGUGUAACAGCUUUCAGCCUCUGCAAGACUGGGACUUCCAUUUCUAUCACUGUUUUCAUUUUAAGAGCACAUGUACAAAAAGUGAAAAUGUUGGCUUCCGCGUGUGUAAAAGCUCGGUGCAAAAUAGAGAUCAGAAGGAUGAGGUGCAGCGUGGCUGGACAGGUUGCGAGAAGACAGAGACAUCAGAGCCGACACCUUUGCCUUCUCGACAAAGCCUCAAAUAUCACGGUAGCACUUUGUUGGAUUGGGACUACAUCAAAGCUGACUCCAAACCAAGAGAAAUUCCAGACUCAAAUGUCACACGCUCUAUUUUUGUAUCAGAUCAGGGGAUCCUGAACUUGCCGAAUGUCACAGCCACCAGCAGGACCUUCGAUCCGUUAUCGCGGACAGGUAGAGGUCAGUGUGUGGACACUCCUGCCGCCCUGGAGCAUCCUCGGGAAGACUCUUUCAGGAGCCUUCCCGGCAGCUCAGGCAGGACUCCAGCCGUGAAGCCGCUACUACCUUUCUCAGUGGAGGCUCUGCUCAGGGCCUGACAAGCCAAUGGAAAGUACUUGGCUUUGUUUAUGUGCAGAGAUCACUUUGACACGUGAACUCUAAAUAGUUAGUUAUGUUCCACUGACAGGAGCUGGUUUCGAUUAAAAUGGGACUCAGCAGGGUGCAGACCUCCACUAAGGUUGGAAAAAAAAACUGUAUGCGUAUCAAAAACCACUGUUCCAAAAUGUCAUGUUUUCGUUGGUCCAAAACACACCCCUCUGCAAAAUGUCAUGAAAAAAAGAGUAUCUCAUAGAUGAGUCUGCUCAUUAACACACGACAACUUCUGCAACACAGUUACAGUACGGUACAUGAAAAUCUGUUUUGCUCUACUUUAAAUUGUGUCUGAAUUAUGACAAUAAAUAAAUAUAUUUUAGCACGGUCAGCUAUCAUGUUUACUAUCAUCAGCAUUGAUAUUUAUAUCACAGAAAGUUCAUUUACACUUACCUGUCUGGAAGUAUUCAUCCACCAAACAAAAGUGAACAAGGUGCGUCUUGAGUGUUUUGGGCUUGUUAGGCUUGUGUUUGGUUUUUCCAUACUUGCCUUUACUAGGAAAUAAAAAAUGGUCAAUAAAGAUUCCCAGUAUGAAUCUGAAUACAAAGAAAUGACCAACCAUUGAAAAACUACACUGAAAAUAAAACGGUUGGCAUUUAUUUAAUUCACAUAUGCUCAUCGGUUACAAAAUGUUAAAGCCACAUCUAUCUUGUGAUUAUUUUUUAGGAAAAGAGAGGAAAAUGACAUCAUUUCAUGACAUUUUAAUCAUGUGCAACUGAAAUUUCAAUAUUUUUUUUCAAUGAAAAGAACAUAAAGUAAGAAUUUCAAAACUGUUGCAGUCAAUGAGAAUACUCAAAACAAUGGACAAUAACACAUCCAAAAUAGUCUCGAGCUCACAGAGCGCUGUAUGAAUAAAAACUGUGAGAUUUAUUUACGGCACAAAGUCAACAUCAGCGGUGUGUCAGAAAAGAUGUGUUUCAACCCCAAACUACAAACCUUGAAUUUUCCCUUUCAGUGUGGGCAAGACAAUCGACCAACAUGUCUACAAAAAGAUCCUGAGGCAUGUUUCUUCUUAACAGUGCGCCAAAAGCAAGUGAGAGUUUUGGCCGGGCAAAUUAUGGCUACUUCUCCUUGACAAUGCACCGACUUAUUUGUCAGUCUGAAAGAAAUCAUUCUGAUUUAUUGACUUUGGAGGUGCUACCAUGAAGAUUUUUUCCUUGACCAACCGGAACGGAUUCAGAGAGGGACCCACCUCUCCGAAGGCCUCUCUCCGCAGUGUUUUCAUCUUGUUAAAUGGACUUUUAUAUCAUUCUAACUAACAUUGUAUACCAAAGUCGUGUCAAAUGUUGCCCGCUUGGCAUCCAUUGAAGCCUGGUCAUUCUGGAAGGAGGAUUCUCCCAUCUGCAGCCCCUUCUCAAGGUUUCUCAUUUUUCCCCAGAUGGGGUUUUUAAAGUUUUUCCUUGCUCUCCUGGGGGGUAAGUUCAGGGGAUGUUGUGAAUACUUGUAAACUGUGGGCAUGUGACGACCUUUGAGACUGUUUGUGAUUAAGGAACAUAAAAAUAAAUGUGACUUGACUCUA